ACGAUAUCAUAUCUCCUUAUAUAGAAAAAGCCCUUAGCAAAAGCCCUUAGCAUUCAACCAUACCACGGCAUUCGUCUCUCAUCAAAUACAACCAUACCCCCAAUGACAAGCCCCGAAACACAGGCGCCCCAAACAGACCAGGAAAAGCUUCUCGUUAGAUUCUUUUCUGCCCUUGACACGUCAGUCAACCUUUAUUACGCUCUCCAUGUGAACGACCCGGCUAUCACAGUCUUGAUCCCCCAGGUGCGAUCUCUCACCAAUACCGAGUUCAAUCAUGCCUUCGUGGCCCAGAUCCUCGCGAUCUACCCCUCUGCCUACCGUAUCCAGGUUAACUCUCGGGGAAGUAUGACCAUAGGGGUGGAUUGCAACUUGAAGAUGCAGUUGAGGGCCCGUUCUAUUGAGUUUGAAGAGCGUCUUGCGGCGUACAUGUUAGCCAACGGCUCCCUUCCGAUGAUAGAGGACCCUCAGUCAUGGAUAUCCAAGCUUGCAGAGGUUAAACCUAGAGAAGAACUGCCAACCAAACGAGCUAUCGACUCAGCACCUAAUGCCUCUCUGAAAAAGGCCAAGAUUCUCUCAAAUUCUCCUUCCAAGUUUGCGUACAAAGCCGUCAGCACAGAUACCACUGGCUUAACCCUUCUCGAACGCAUCAAGCUCAAAGCAAAGCUCAAGGCAGAACAGGUACAGGUAGAACAAACGCCAGAAAUAAAGCGUAAAAAGUAUCUUGCGGGGAAGUUUCCGGUCGUGUACGACAUUUUGUACACGUCUACUUCCAAGUCGUCCAACAGUAUUAGCUUCUAUGCAGAAUCAGGCGAGCUUGGGGAGACCGCGGCCCUGACAAAAUGCUUUCCGUUGGUGAGAAUGACCGAGAUCAUCAAAGACAGCAUCAAGCAUGCGUUGCCAGAUGAUGAUGUGAAAGAUAUUCUCCUUGAAAUUGCAGCAGUGUUGGAAAACGUCGAGAUGGUGCCAAUUACCACAGACAAGGAAGAAACGUAUGCAGUGAAGGUGGGGACGUUGAACCGCAACGCCGACUUGAAGAAGUUGAAAGAAUUAGAAACCUGAGCGUUGCAUGGCCUAAGCCGGUUCAAUUCUCAAACUAUAGUUUACCUCAGGGCUUAUCUCCAGUGAAUAAAGAUUUUAGUAUUGUAUACGU